UGGAGCUGCGCGGCGACGCGGGCGUGUGGACGCGCCAGGCCGUGCCCAAGGGCAGCCGCUACGGGCCCUUCCAGGGCAAGUGGACGCUGGAGCCCGCCGACCUGCGCUACGCCUGGGACGUGCGGAUGGCCGGCCUGUCCAUCCGCUGCUACUGCGACGCCACGGCCGAGCGCGCCAACUGGCUCAAGUUCGUGAGGUCCUCGUCCAGGCCCGAGGCCCGCAACGCGCGCGCCUUCCUGCACGGCAGCACGAUCCUGUACGAGACGACGCAGGAUGUGCCGGCCGGCGCCGAGCUGCUGCUGGGCCCGCGGGAGCCGCUGCUGGUGGACAUGCUGAGCGACAGCGCGGUGGAGGACCGCAGCGACCGCAGCGACCGGGAGUCUGCGUCGCAGCACUCUGGCACCGGCGGCGACGACCGCGACUACAGCGAGGAGCGCGAGGACGUCGAGGACGAGGACGACAGCGACACCCACUGCGUCGAAUGCGCCAAGUCGCUGCCCGACCUCGAGAAGCUCGACGAGCACCUCGUGAGCGCGCACAGCUACCGCGCCGACCAGUUCCGCUGCGGCUCCUGCCCGAGGGCCUUCUCGUGGAGGCCCGCGCUCUACCGCCACAAGGCGCUCGCCCACCCGGACGUCCGGCCCAUCAGUCUCAGCGACCCGGAGGCGCGCCGCUACCCCUGCGAGAACUGCUCCAAGGUCUUCUCGGACCCGUCCAACCUCCAGCGCCACAUCCGCUCGCACCACGUGGGCGCGCGCUCGCACGCGUGCGCGGAGUGCGGCAAGACCUUCGCCACCUCGUCGGGGCUCAAGCAACACACGCACAUCCACUCCAGCGUCAAGCCCUUCCAGUGCGAGGUCUGCUUCAAGGCGUACACGCAGUUCUCCAACCUGUGCCGCCACAAGCGCAUGCACGCGGACUGCCGCAUGCAGAUCAAGUGCACGCAGUGCGGCCAGGCCUUCAGCACCGUCACCUCCCUCCACAAGCACAAGCGCUUCUGCGAUUCGACCGGCGCGUCCGGGACGUCUGGCUCCGCGCCGGGCGGUGGCGGCGGCGCCAUGGCGCAGCAGCAGCCCUCGCCCUUCAUGCUGUAUCCGCGCGGCGCCAUGGGCGGUGCUAUGGGCGGCGCCCUCAGCCCCUUCUACCCCGGCGGCCUGCUGGGGCCCUACUCCGGGCUGUCCUUCCCGCCGUCCGCCGGCCCUCACAGCCCCCACGGCGCCCCCUUCCUCAACUCGCAGCUGCAGAUGUUCCACCACAAGCUGCUCGAGAGGGAACGGGAACGUGAGCGGGAGCGCUCGCGCUCGCCGCCGUCGCUCAUCAAGGGCGGGCUGCCGUCGCCCAACGCCGGCAAGGAGUGGAUGACGCCGCCGCCCGCGCCGCUGCCGCCGUCCCGCGGGAUGCAGCCGCAGAGCAGCAAGGUGUCGCCGCCCGUGGCCGAGGAGGCCGCCAACAAGGAGACGCCGUCGCCGGCCCGGCCUCUGACGAGCGCGGCCAGCGCCAAGGCGUGCGCCUUCCCCGAGCCGCGCCUGCCGCGCCACAUGCUGCAGAGCGCCACGUCCGAGGACGAGGACGACGAGGAGGCCCGCGAUGAGCGCGUCGGCCGCGACCUGUCGAGGCGCAGCCGCAGCCCCCGUGACGACGAGUCCGUCGGCAAGCGAUCGCGAGGUGACGACGACCGCGACGAGGACGAGCAGGAGCAGGCCCUGGACCUCAGCGUCGGAGUCAAGCGCCGCCCGGCUGCGUCCCCGGUCUCGGCUGACGGUGGCGACGACAGGCGGCAGCGGAGUCCGCGGCCUCCGCGGCGCGCGGAGAGCACGCCGUCGCCGAAGCUGACCGCCAGCACGCCGAGGACGCCGCCCGGACCCGGCCAGCCCGACAAAGAGAUCAGCUCGACCACGGUGUCGUCGCCCACCGCAGCGAUGUCGCCGCCCUCCUCCGGCCCCGGCCACCACGUGCCCAUGGCCUACCCGCGCCCCAUCCACCCCAUCCCGCAGUCCAUCCUGGAGGCCAUGUACCGGCCCACACCCACCUUCCCCGGCUUCAGCGCGCCGGGGCCCGGCUCGGACAGGCUGCUGCACCACCCGCCCCCGUUCGGCCCACACCGCCACUUCCCGUUCCUGGGCUCUCUGGCCAACGGGCUGGCCAACGGACUGGCCAACGGUCUGGCCAACGGCAUCACCAACGGCCUGGGCGGCAACGCCAACCGGCCGCCCUACGACCUCCUCCGCUCGCCGCUGUCUGACUUCGGCUCCAGCAAGCCCUUCCAGGACGUGCUGAGCGUGGGCGGAGGCGUCCCCGGCCAGACCGCCGUGCCGACGCAGACCGGCAACAAGCUCAAGGACAGGUACUCGUGCAAGUUCUGCGGCAAGGUGUUCCCGCGCUCCGCCAACCUGACGCGCCACCUCCGCACGCACACGGGCGAGCAGCCCUACAAGUGCAAGUUCUGCGAGCGCUCCUUCAGCAUCUCGUCGAACCUGCAGCGGCACGUCCGCAACAUCCACCACAAGGAGAAGCCGUUCAAGUGCCCGCUGUGCGCGCGCUGCUUCGGCCAGCAGACCAACCUGGACCGCCACCUCAAGAAGCACGAGACGGACGACGGCUCGGUGGGGGUGGCCGACAGCCCCGGCAGCUCCAACGAGAACGAGCGCGAGGACGCGUACUUCGACGAGAUCCGCAGCUUCAUGGGCAAGGUGACGUACUCGGGCGGCAGCGUCCCGGACGGCCUUCCCCCGCACCUGUACGCCGCCACGGCGCAGGGGCUGGCCCAGGGCCUGCAGGGCCUGCAGGGCAUCCACGCCUUCGACCGAGACCGAGACCGAGACCGCGACGCCCACGACGACAAGGACGAUCGGCGGAGCCCGCAGCACUCGCCGCUCGCCAUGGUCGUGCAGAAGGCCCUGGCCUACGAGGGGCUCAGCAGCCUGGGCAAGGCGGAGCUCGCUCUCAACAACAACAACGCCGAGCAAGAGGGCCUGCAGAUGUCCACCUAGCUCACCACAAUUGUGAUAUAACAUUCUGAUUUUCUCUGGACAAUUUUUGCACCCGUCUAGGCUAACAACAACCCACUCUCCCUCCCUCCCCCACCCCCUCUCAGUAUAUCCGUCUGUCUCUUUCUCUUUUCAUAUGCCAUUCUCAUUCUUCUUCUUCUCCUUAACCGCAUGUCUUUUGAUGUCACCGCAUUGCAGCCUUUGAGUGAACACUUCCCAGCCCCUUCUUUCUUUCAGUUUGUCAAUAGAUAAUAAUGUUGUUACUGUUGUUGUUACAAGUUUUCUGUGUAAUUUUUAGAGGGCAAUAAUGCUAUUUAUAUCAUAAAAUUUUAUGUUACCUUUUUGUAAAGAUAAACUAUUGUUAAGAGCGACUUAGUAGAAUGUUUUAGUCAUUCACACUUAUAUAUUCAUUGCUAUCUAUUGAAAUGCAUUUUUUUCUGUGUUACUGUCAAAAAGCACUAUCAGUACGCAAUUUUAAACAAUGUAGUCUUCUGUGUAAGUGUUAUGAGAUCUAUUUCUUUGUCACUCAAAUUCAAAUAUACCAAAGAUUAUUUGCUAAGAAAUGUUAUUGAAGAAGUACUCUGUCUCUAAACAGCCCUGCUUAGAGCAGUUGCAGUAUUGGUUAAACGAAAAAAAAAAGCACAGAGAGUGUGAGGUGGUUUCCCAACUACCAUACAAUUUUCUUCAUCAAUUAGAAUUUUAUUCUGAAAAUACUCCUGAAUAAAUGCACCUCAAUUUUAGGAAUACUCAAUUAAGCGUUGAGUUUAGACCGCAGAUGCACUUGCAUGGUGAAGAUUGAAGACAGGACUACUGUGCCUCUUUUCAUGAUAAUAUUAAUACAUACAAAAAAGCCUCGUACAAAACAGUCAUCAGUACUAGUUUCCUGUAAAAUUCACAAAUCAGGCUGUAUAUAUGCAAAUUAUUGUAAAUGUUUGUGUUGUUUUCUAUGUAAUAGUUACUUGAAUUGAUUUAUAAAUAUAUACAAACAUAUAUCAUGUUUAAUGUGUUUGAACACAACCACGGAGCAGACUUGAUGAGUUGGUUGUAUCUGUGACAAAAGGAGUAUUAAAAUUUAUUCUACA